GACUCCGCGGCGGCGGUCACAGUGACAGCAGCGGCAGAGGAUCCAGCUGCCCAGGCCCACAGCCUCUGCGUGGCUCCCAGCUGCUCUGCGGAUGCUACUCUUGGUCAAAGUCCAAAUUUGUCUCCCAGUGAGUUCUGGCCAUUUCCCAAACAUCAAACACAUCCUCCAAGAAUGAGAAUCUGCCUUCACUGAGGUUCAUCAGCAGGUUCUCUGACUGCCUUAGGCGGCCGUGGAAGAAGAAUUUGAAGAAUGACUGAGCAUGCUAAACCCUGCCUUCUCUGAGGGGGUCAUGUCAGAAGGGGAGAGCAAGGACAGCUCGGGCAGCGAGUGCCCUGUAUGCUACGAGAAGUUCCGGGACUUGGAGGGUGCUAGCCGGACGCUGAGCUGCGGCCACGUGUUCUGCCACGACUGCUUGGUCAAGUAUCUGCUGUCCACCCAGGUGGACGGGCAGGUACAGAGGACCAUCGUCUGCCCCAUCUGCCGCUAUGUCACCUUCCUCAGCAAGAAGAGCUCCCGCUGGCCCUCCAUGCUGGACAAGAGCUCGCAGACCCUGGCUGUGCCGGUGGGCCUGCCCUCUGUGCCCUCGCCAGACCGUGGGGGCCACACAAACCCUCUGGCCAUCUCCCAGCAGGUCUGGAGACCAUCCUCGAGUCAGGGCACCCAGCUUUCCUUGGAUCUGUUGCCCAGCCUGCCCCGGGAGUCGCAGAUCUUCAUCAUCAGUCGCCACGGGAUGCCCCUGGGAGAGCAGGACACCGUGCUGCCGCGUCGCAGCCUGGCGGAGCUCUCGGAGGUGUCCCCCGCUCCCAGCUCCACCCGCUCCUUCUGUUGUCGGUCAAGGGCCCUCCUACUCAUCACCCUCAUCGCCGUGGUGGCUGUAGUAGCAGCCAUCCUGCCCUGGGUGCUGCUGGUGAGGAAGCAGGCAUGAGUGGUGUCACCCAGAGGGACAGAGGAGGGAGGUCCAGCCUGAGAGCUGCUCUGUAGCCUGGUUAACCAUGGCUUGGGUGGAGGCGGAGGGAGCCCUGGUUGCAAACACGCUUUGAGGAAGGAGCCUGGACAGAGAGAGGGAUCCAGUACCGUGAGGCUGGAAGUAUGACGGCUGUGCUCCACCUUCACCCACCCAGUCUCAGCAGGAGUUAAAGCGUGGCAGGGAGGCGACAGCUGAGCUGACCUGAGAAGCAGGUGCUCCACAUGUGGCCCCUAUGUGUAUCCUCAGCAAAUACCACUCCUCUAGGCCAGAACUGAGCAGCCUGGGCAGAUCCAUGGUCACUGCCCAUGGGGUCACCAGCCCUAAGGUGCAGUCACCUGCCAGGUGACAAGCCUGAAGCCAAGGGGGCCUCCUUCAGAACAAGGAAGUUCUGCUGGCCUGUGUCUUGCCCGAUGGGGGCCCAGUGGCAGACCUCCUCCAGAAUUCUCACUGGGGAUUUUCUAGGUUUCUAAUGCAAACCAGAACAAGUAGUAGAGUUGGUGCCAGGGCCCAGGUUCAGGUUUCCCAGAAUCUUAGCACCUGUACACAACCCUCCCAGCAUCCCAGUCCUCCCUGUCUUCUAUUCACCAGCCUGGAACAUCUUCCCUGAGUGGGAAGCUGAUCUCAGAGGCUGUGGCCCAAGCUUGGCUGGGGGAAGCAACAGAAGAGGGUCAGCCGGGAGAGCUGAGGCUACAAGGGCUGUUGACAGAGGCCACAAACUGAGUCAGAGAUCUGAGUCCUCUGGACCUACCUCUCAAGGAACGGGCCAGAUUUUAAGUUUUGGGGUUCUCAAGGGUGGAGUGGAAUGAAAGGCAGGGAGUGGAGGGGAAGCUCGACAGGCCAGACUGGAGUCAGCUGAGAACUAUGUGGGCAAAUUAACCCCUGGGGGCUCCCGCCUCCCUCCCAGCCCAGGUCCUCCUCCUUCUCAUGACCCAACCAUUCAUUAGAAGCUGCACCAGCUGGGCCAGUUCCUGAGGUGGAUUCUCAAGCCAAGCUGGGCGAGGAAGGGUGGAGAAGAAAACAGCUGUGCUUGGCGGGGACACUGCUGUCUCAACAAAUGCCGAGAACCAGCUGCUAUCCAAGGCUGCUUCAUCUGAGGACCCUUGACGAGGCCCACCUGAAAAGCUCACAGUGGGUCUUGCCUGAGGAACCAGUAUGCAAGUGUAGAGCUAUUGGCUGUCCGAGGCCCAUAAGCCAACCAUGCACGGAGGGUGGAAAGCAGCAAAAAACCUCCAGCUAUUGUCACAAGUACAGGGGGUUGGCACCAAGUGCCAAAACUAAGCCUUCCACAACCCAUACCCUCUUAUCAAAGUUUGCUAUCUGUAUGGAGAAAAAUAGCACUGUGCCUCUUAUCUGGUUCCCAAAUAGCUGCAGGUGGUCAUCAUUUGGGGAUUACUAGGGAGUAGGGUCCACAAUGCAGGGAUAUUUGUGACCCCAGGAAAAAAAUCAAAUUUAAAACACUUAUGAGCUUCCUUAUGCCUUUUCUGAGACCAGAGAAGAACAUAGGUGCUAUGGGGGGGCGUGUGCCAGUGGAAUGGGGGGUAUUUAUUUUAGGAACAAAAAUAAACUUUGCAAAGACUCUAAUGAGUCUGUCUUCACCUCAGCCAAGCUGCUUUAAAAUGUUGUGAAUUUCUAGGGACCUCACUGAAGUCUUUUCAGAUUCUGUUGUAUUUGCCCAGAGUUUCUUUCAAAAUACCUGCAGUGUUUUCAUAUCAUUCAGCAGUAACUCCUAGAUGGUACUUCUUUUAUUUUCAAAGAAUGCCAAAAGCUAUUUUUUAAAUAAAGGUCUAUAUUUUCUCAAA